AUGCCGUUGUACACCGACAUGUAUUACGGGUACCUGGGCGCGGCGCCAAGUGUCUCAAAUCCUUACAGCGUCUCGCUUCCCAGCUCUCAUUUCGGCUCGACGCCCAUCUCCUCACGUUUAGGCUCUUCAUCGUACGCCCGAACAGCCCACAAUUUCUACCCGCCGAGCGCCUUAACGAGUCUCAGUAGUUACUCCGCGAGUCGCUACAUCCCCAAAUUGACGCCGAUUUCCGAGUCGCUUGGAAAUGCGCGACUCGCAAACCGCUCGCAUCACAUACGGCGCACCGCUGAACCGCGUCCCAUAACCAUAAACACAUCCGACAUCGAUGUCUCGGCGAGCAAAUAUCACGGAAAACGUCGUCCGAGUCACGAUGAAACGACGGAAGAACCGUCGGAGACACGACAACAAGGCGCGGAUAUCGGAGAACGUCAAAUGCGCGGAACAAUCAGUCGAAAUCGAAAAGUUGUGCGUUUGAAUACAAUUCGAAAGGCUAAAAGUCGCAGUCAGAGCGUUGAACGUUCAAGUUCAAAGAAAAAAUCGAACAAAGAUGAGAAUCCAAAGUCUCCGACAUUACAAUCAGAAGGUGCUCCGUUAAGUCCCUCGUCAUGGCGCGAAAAAAUCCCAUCCGAACUCUUGAGUUUGCCGAAGAAAACACAACCAGAAAAAUCUCCUGGUGAGUUAUUCAUGGAAAAAUUCAUCAUUCGACAUCCUGUUAGACCAUCAAAGGCGGAAAAGAUACCCGAUGAGUCACCAAAACCCGAUCCAGUGUUUGUUUUUCCGCCGCAAGCGACAAAAAAUCGCCGUACCUCGAUCACGUUACAAGGUUUGGAACAACUUCCGACCUUUUCAGACAUUUGCCAAGACAUUUCUUCGGAUAAAAUUGACGACGAUUUAAAUGCAGGCGCAUUACGACGUCGCGCUUCGCUCAUUCUCGACGAAGAACUCGAACUUUUCAAUAAUUUGCGGAAACAAGCGCCACAAACUGUUACUUGUGUGCUCGAAAAGGAAAUUGCGUCUGAUGAGGAAAUCGAUUCCGAGGGAAAUAAACUGAAAAAACCCAAACAAAAAGUCGCGGCGAAAGUCGACAUCACAAAUGCCACAAUAAGUGACAUCAAGGAAUUUGUCGAGUCGAUAAAAGAUGAAAUUGUUGACACAGCAAAGGCACCGAAAAUUAACGUUGUGCUCGAAGCAGUUGAAGAAAUUUCGCAUGUGCCGAUCAAGUUGCCGGGCAAACGGAAAAAAAUGAAGUCCCACGAGAAUUUGAGGGAGGUUUUGCAGAAAGAGCCCGAAGAACCGGUUAAAUUGCGGAAGAAAAGUGUCAUGCGGAAGUCCGUGACAAAAGCAAAAGAGGAAAAUCGAAAGUCUGACAUUGACUUUUGGGGCACAAUUGAUCGCAGCGAGACUCAAGAGUUUCAAAUACGCGCCGCAAAUGUAUGGCAACGCUUUCAAAGAUGCCCAAGUCAGGAAUGGGUGAUCGAUGUCGACGCAAAAAGCUCGAAAGAUGAGGCAGUGUCUUCGGAAAUGACGAAAAUUGAAGAAAAAUCAGAGGAAAAAUCAAACGUUGAACCAAAAUUAACAAGUUCUAAAAGUGCGGGCACUUUAGAAGAGAAAAAACAAGAAAAAUUAUUGGAAAAAGCAAAGACAAAAAGCAUGGAAACGACCAAAAAAGAGGAAAAAUUAAUACAAAAGACAAAAAUUGAACCAAAAUUAUCAAGUUCUAAAAGCGCUGGAACCGUAGAAGAGAGAAAACAAGAAAAAUCUGUAGAAAAAUCAAAAACGAUGAGCAACUUGGAGCAAAAAGUUGCGGAAACAAGUUAUACCGCAGCUCUCAUGAAGGAUCAAAAUGCAACUGAAACAACAAAAAAAGACGAAAAAGCUCUUAAAAAAUCAAAAAGUAACGAAAUUAGUGAAAAACUCAACGAAAAGCCUCUUAAACAAUCAAAAAGUAACAAAAUUAGUGAAAAGCUCAACGAAAAGCCCCUUAAACAAUCAAAAAGUGGAGAAGUUAGUAAAAAAAUUGACGAAAAAUUGCUCAAAAAAUCAAAAAGUAACGAAAUUAGUAAAAUGCUCAAAGAAAAAUCCCUCACAGAAUCAAAAAGUAGCGAAAUUAUUGAAAAAACUGACGAAAGAGCUCUUAAACAAUCAAAAAGUGCGGAAAUCAAUAAGAAACUCGAAGAAAAAUCAGAAAAUGAACCCAAAUCUCCUCCGCCAAAGAAAGAGAAACAUCCAAUCGCACUUUUAAAACAAAAACUCGAGGUACAAAGAGCUCGUAGCGAGGAACCGACAAAAGUUUUGAAGCUUCCCAAUGAAAAACCCACACCCAAAAGGGCAAUUUCCUGCGAAAAAGCCGAAAAAGAAGAAAAAACUGUGGAUGCACCAAAGAAAUAUCCCCUCGUGACAAAUUCAAAACCUGUUGUUGCUCAAAAUGCCGUUCAAAGUGUCGUCGAAGAAGAGGUAAAAGUUGAAAAAAUCAAACCGAAAUUGGGUUUGAGUAAAGUCAAGUCAGUGAAGGAUAUUUCGACGAAGCCAAAAAUCAUCAAAGAGGACUUUAACAUGGGCAAGACGAAACGCGCCAAGUCACAACCGCUCGAAAAGUUGUUGGAAACGUCGUCACCGGUCGACGACGACGUGCAUAAAAAACUACAAACUAGACCGACAUCAACGAAAAAACUAACGACCGAUGCAGCGACGACGAAAAAAGUAUGCGAUGCUGAGAUAAAAAUAGAAACUGGGAAAAAAGCCAAGUCACCUGAGACUGUUGUGGUGUGUGCGCACGCGAGUAAGAAAGAUGCUGCUACGGCUGCUGAUACGUUAUCGUCGUUAUCUGUCAAAAGUCCGCAAAUUGUCGUUGCGCGAGAUAGUGCAGAUAAAAGUAGUGCAGCCUUGCGGAAAGACACUCAUUUCGAGAAAGGCAAGGCAAUCGCCAUGACCAACGUGAAGGAUGCGGAACAGCAACAACAACAACAACAACAAACGUCGAUCGCAGCAGAAGGAACGGCAGCUGCCGGCAUCGAUGUGGUUGUGAAUAAUAAAAAUUGCGAUGCCGAUGAUGCAUCGAGCGUUGCCGUGAUAAAUUGCGAUGAUAAUAGUGCGAUGGCGAAAAGUGAAGCACAAGACAUUGGUACUAUUUUGGUCGACACACAAAAUGCUCUAGAGAAGUUUCCUACGUACGAUAACCUGACAGAGUUGGCAGUAGAGCGUGAUCAGUUGAACGAUCAACUUGAUAGCAAAGCUGAAAAAGCAGCAGAAGACGUAACAGAAGACAAUUGUACUCUACGUAGUUCAAAAGAGGCCGGUAAACCGCAUCUACUUGACGAAGACGAGGAGCAAGAAUUGCCGCAAGAAGAAGCAAAAAUCCCAGAAAUAAGUGAGUCAAAUACUGAAGAAACGUCUUUCAGCACUACCUCCGAUUGCAGUGCUACCGAAGAUUGGUCCUCAGAAGAAUCAGAAGACGAAAAGGAGAAACAACGGCUAAAGGCACGCGAAAAUCUCUUACUUUUACUCAGAAUGGCACGUAAUGACGAGACUCCCGUGACGCCCGCCAAACCUGCGGCGCCUCAGAAAAAGAUGAUCCUCGACUUGGACACGAUGAAAAAAUGCUAUGCCAAGGAGGAAAAAGCCGUCAUUACGCUCGUGGCAAAGCCGAAGCCCCUGUGGAAGUACGUGCGUCGCAAUAAGCCGCACAAACGCAGGAAUCGCAAAUUGCUGGAAAAGGCGAAGGAACUUGAGCGUCUCGAACGCGAACAAGCCGGCGAGACAUCAGAGCAUGGCGAUCCAACGGUAACGCAUUCAGACGAUUCGCAGGCGAGCGAUGCAAAUUCCAGUACAAAAAAUUCAAAAUCGAGUGCCAGCAGCGAUUACACUGAAUACUAUGACUUUUCAUUUCCAUACUACGUUAAAGACGAAGACAACAAUUUGCUUGUGAACAGUAGACUGAGUCAGAGAAGUAUCGAUUCCGGCAUUGGCGGGGGAUCAUCUGAAGCUUCAUCCAGCUUAAAGGAUCCUACUGAUUGUGAUGUAAGUUGCCAUAAGAAAUGCGAGAAACUUGCUGCCAAUUUGUGUGGAGUUAAUCAGAAAUUGAUUGUGGAGGCUCUGUCAUCGGUGGGUGCUUCGUUGAACAACAACAGCACAAAUAACGCGGAUGGAAGUAGCAACAACAACUCAUCAUCAUCAUCAUCGACCGCCCAAUUGUCAUAUCAGAAAAAUAGCUUAAUUCACGGUAUUAGUGACAUAG